AUGAGGAUUCUAAUUUUACUCGUUUUUUUAAUUAAUUUAGUAUUUUAUGCAAAUUCUCUUUCAUUUGAUGAAAUUCUUCAAUCAAGAAAUUUAACAACUUUACCUUUAUCAACUUGUCAACAAGCUGCCCAAACAGCUUCCCAUUAUGCUUCGUGUGGUUGUCCAUACGUUUUUGGUGGUACAUCAUGUAGUUGUGGUGGUAGUGGUGGUUUAGAUUGCAGUGGUUUAGUUUAUGUUUCAUACAGAGCAGCCGGCUGGAACGGUGUAUUAAGAACUGCUGCUCAACAAUACACUCAAGGUGUUGCUUGUGGAGGUGGUAGUACUUCAAGCUCAAGCUCAAGCUCAAGCUCAGGUCCAUCAUCAAGCUCAGGUCCAUCCUCUACUGGUAAAUCAUCCACCGGGGGCUCAUCAACUGGAAAAUCAUCCACUGGAGGCUCAUCAACUGGAAAAACUUCAGCAUCAUCAACUAGUGGAGGCUCAUCAUCCUCACAAACCAGUGGUCAAACUAGCGGUCAAACCACCAGUCAAACUAGCGGUCAAACCAGUGGUCAAACUAGCGGUCAAACCACCAGUCAAACUAGUGGUCAAACCAGUGGCCAAACUAGUGGCCAAACUGGAAGUCAAACUAGUAGCCAAACUGGAAGCCAAACUAGUGGCCAAACUUCUGCCUCAGGCUCACAAACAAGUGGCCAAACUAGUGGCCAAACUGGAAGUCAAACCUCUGGUUCUCAAACAGAUUCAACAGGUUCUCAAACUGGUGCUGCAACUGGAACUUCAGGCUCUCAAAGUGGAAGUGCUUCCUCAACAAGCUCAUCAGGUUCACAAAGUGGUAGUGCCUCCUCAACUGGUUCACAAAGUGGUGAUAGUUCUUCGGGCUCAUCAGGCUCAUCAGGCUCAUCAGGCUCAUCAAGUUCAACAGGCUCAAAUAGUGGAUCAGGUUCAUCAAGCGGUAAUUCUUCAGAUUCCUCAGGCAGUGGUUCUGCCUCAAGUAGUGGUACUGGAAGCAGCAGCGGUACCGGCAGUAGCAGUGGUACUGGCAGUAGCAGCGGUAGCAGUAGCGGUUCUGGUAUGUUUUUUAUUAACUUCUCAUUCCAUAAAGGUGGUACAGGUUCAAGCUCCGAAAUUCCAGUUGAACAAUCAGGCGUCAAAGGUACCUGUUCACCAUCAAAUACCGCAGGAUGUACAGUAGGUGAUUUAUUCUUCUAUUGUUUCCCAGGCGAUAGUACCUGUCCAGGACAUGUAGUUAUGUAUAUAGGUAACAACCAAGUUGCUGAAUGCCCACAUACCGGUGAAGUAAGUAUAAAUAUUUAA